AUGGGCGCGGGCUGGGAGCUGGGGGCUGCGGCGGGGCGCUCGCUGCUGCUGUGCGCCGCGCUGCUGGUCGCGGGCUGCGCGCUGGGCCUGCGCCUGGGCCGCGGGCGGGCGGCGGCGGACCGCGGCGUGCUCGCCUGGCUGUGCUAUGACGCCCUGGUGCACUUCGCCCUGGAAGGCCCUUUUGUCUACUUGUCUUUCGUAGGAAACAUCGCAGAUUCCGAAGGCUUGAUUGCUUCAUUGUGGAAAGAAUAUGGCAAAGCUGAUGCAAGAUGGCUUUAUUUUGACCCAACCAUUGUGUCUUUGGAAAUUCUGACUGUUGUCUUGGAUGGGUCUCUGGCAUUGGUCCUCAUUUAUGCCAUAGUCAAAGAGAAAUAUUAUCGGCAUUUCCUACAGAUUACCCUGUGCGUGUGUGAAUUAUAUGGCGGGUGGAUGACCUUCUUCCCGGACUGGCUUAUGGGAAGCCCCAACCUCAACACCAACAGUUGGCUCUACUUUGGGGUCUAUCUGGUAUUUUUCAAUAGUGUGUGGGUUCUGAUCCCAGGACUGUUACUGUGUCAGUCAUGGGUAGAACUCAAGAAAAUGUAUUACAAAGGAACCAAUUCAGGGAAAAAGUUUCAGUGACUUUUCAAAAUCACAAACACUGGUUUCUUGCUUUAUAAGCCAGAAUGGAUCAAACCUUCUUGUUUGGCCAAAAUGUAAUGCAUUCCAGUGUAUACUUUCCUUUUAUAGUGUUGUUCCUCAACAGCUUAUUUCAAAUUGAUUGCAAGGUGGCAAGUCUUUGUUUUUGUUUUUGUUUUUGUUUUUCAAUUAAAUGACAAUAUGGGGAACAGAGAGUAAAUUUUAACUUGUAAUAAUAACAUCUUUAAUUAUACACUUUUAUGGCUCUAUUAAUUGUUCCACAUUAUUAAAGCCAAUGAUCAUAAAAUG